AUGUCAUUCAGCUUAUCAAUUGCUGCUAAGGCACAAUUUGUUGCUUAUCCAACAUUACUUGCAGUUUCAUUCAUCAACUCCAAUUCUUCUACAGAUAUUUCAAUUCCAAUUGAAUUCAUUGAUGAAAAAUCAGUUGACUCAUCUGAUGCCAAUGCUACAAUUAAAUUAGUUACUCCAGAAGGUAAGACUUUCACUAACCAAUUAGAUGCUUUAACUUAUUUAUCUUCCAAAUUCCCAACUAUUUUACCAGCUGGUGAAGAAUCUCAAUCUUGGGUUAAAUUUGCUUUAGAUAAAUUAUAUAUUAAAAAUUUUAAAGAAUUAGGAUUAGAUUUAGAGAAAUUAGAAUCUCAUUUAAAUUUAAGAUCUUUUAUUAUUGGUUAUCAAUAUUCAUUAGCUGAUGUUGCCAUUUGGGGUGUCUUACGUGCCAAUGCAUUAAUGGGUUCCGUCAUCAAAAAUGAAGUGUAUAUCAAUGUAUCAAGAUGGUAUAAUUUAUUAGCUGAAGAUAAGAGAUUUGAAUCAACUAUUGAAUUCAUGACUAAAUCAGUAAAUGAAUUAAGAAAAUCAGCCAAAGCUGUUAAAUCCGGUGGUAAGAAGGAAACCCACAAGGCUAAUUUCGAUAUUGAAUUACCUGACGCUCAAAUGGGUAGAGUUGUUACUCGUUUCCCACCUGAACCUUCUGGUUAUUUACAUAUCGGACAUGCUAAGGCAGCUAUUUUGAAUGAAUAUUUUGCUCAUAAUUAUAAGGGAAAAUUAAUCAUUAGAUUCGAUGAUACUAACCCAACCAAAGAAAAGGAAGAAUUCCAAGAUUCUAUUGUUGAAGAUUUAGCUUUAUUAGGAGUUAAAGGUGAUGUUGUCUCUUAUUCAUCUGAUUACUUUGACAAAAUGUAUGAAUUAGCUGUUCAAAUGAUUAAAGAUGGGAACGCUUAUUGUGAUGAUACUCCUUUAGAAAAAAUGAGAGAAGAAAGAAUGGUUGGUGAUCCAUCUGCAAGAAGAAACCGUACUAUUGAAGAAAAUUUAAAAAUCUUCACUGAAGACAUGAAAAAUGGUACUGAAGAAGGUUUAAAGAAUUGUUUAAGAGCUAAGAUCGAUUAUACUGCCUUAAACAAAACUUUAAGAGAUCCAGUUAUUUAUAGAUGUAAUUUAACUCCACAUCAUAGAACUGGUGAUAAAUGGAAAAUGUAUCCAACUUAUGAUUUCUGUGCCCCAGUCGUUGAUUCCAUCGAAGGUGUUACCCAUGCCUUAAGAACCAACGAAUACAGAGAUCGUAAUGCUCAAUAUGAAUGGAUUCUUAAUGCAUUGAAAUUACGUCAUGUUCAUAUUUGGGAUUUCGCCAGAGUCAAUUUCGUUAGAACUUUGUUAUCCAAGAGAAAAUUACAAUGGUUUGUUGAUAAGAACUACGUUUCCAAUUGGGAUGAUCCAAGAUUCCCAACUGUGAGAGGGGUUAGAAGAAGAGGUAUGACUGUUGAAGGAUUAAGAAAUUUCAUUAUUGCUCAAGGUCCAUCUAGAAAUAUCAUUAAUUUGGAUUGGUCUGUUAUUUGGGCCUUAAACAAGAAGAUUAUUGAUCCGGUUGCUCCAAGAUUCACCGCAAUUGAUGCUACUAAUGCCGUGAGUGUCAAAUUGGUUGAUGGGCCUGCUGAGCCAUAUUCUGAAGACAAACCAAAACAUAAAAAGAAUCCAGAUGUCGGUACUAAGAAGGUCAUUUAUGCUAACCAAGUUUUGAUUGAUCAAGCAGAUGCUGACUUGACUGAAGGUGAAGAAGUUACUUUUAUGGAUUGGGGUAAUGUUAUUGUCACCAAGGUUGAAAAAGAAGGUGAUGUAACUAAAUCCGUUGAAGCUAAAUUACAUUUAGAUGGUGAUUUCCGUAAGACUUCUAAGAAGCUUACUUGGUUAGCUGAUACUCCUGAUAAAGUUGAAGUUGAUUUAAUUGAUUUUGAUCAUUUGAUUACCAAGGAUAAAUUAGAAGAAGGUGAUAACUUUGAAGAUUUUAUUACUCCAGAAACUGAAUUCCAUACCAAGGCUUUUGCUGAUUUGAAUGUUCGUGAUUUGAAAAAAGGUGAUAUUAUUCAAUUCGAAAGAAAGGGUUACUAUAGAGUUGAUGAACCUUAUCAAGAAGGUAAGCCAGUGGUUUUAUUCACUAUCCCAGAUGGUAAGACUGUCUCCAGGUACGGUGCUAAGAAGUAA